ACGAUGGGGGCUCGAGCGACGGAAACAACUCGGGAACUGGAAAGCACCUCUGUAAAGUAUCAAAUAGGAGGACACGCAGAGAAAAUGUGGCAACGGCUCAAAGGAAUAUUAAGAUGCUUGGUAAAGCAGCUGGAGAAGGGUGACAUUAAUGUGGUGGAUUUAAAAAAGAAUAUUGAAUAUGCAGCUUCUGUGCUGGAGGCAGUUUAUAUUGAUGAAACCAGGAAGCUUUUGGACACUGAGGAUGAGCUCUCUGACAUCCAGUCGGAUUCGGUCCCGCUGGAAGUGCGGGACUGGUUAGCUUCUACAUUCACGAGGGAAAUGGGAAUAGUGAAGAGGAGACCUGAAGAAAAGCCCAAAUUCCGAAGCAUUGUGCACGCUGUACAGGCUGGGAUUUUUGUAGAAAGGAUGUACCGAAGAACUUCUAGCAUGGUUGGUUUGGCUUACCCAGCAGAAGUGAUAGUAACAUUUAAGGAUGUUGAUAAAUGGUCUUUUGACGUAUUUGCCCUAAAUGAAGCAAGUGGAGAGCACAGUCUGAAAUUUAUGAUGUAUGAGCUGUUUACCCGAUAUGACCUUUUGAGCCGUUUCAAGAUCCCUGUUCCCAAUCUUAUUUCAUUUGCUGAAGCUCUUGAAGUUGGUUAUAGCAAAUACAAAAAUCCGUAUCACAAUUUGAUCCAUGCAGCUGACGUUACUCAAACUGUGCAUUACAUAAUGAUUCACACUGGUAUCAUGCACUGGCUCACAGAACUGGAAAUUUUAGCAAUGAUCUUUGCAGCUGCCAUCCAUGAUUACGAACAUACUGGGACCACAAACAAUUUUCAUAUUCAGACAAGGUCAGAUGUUGCAAUAUUGUACAAUGAUCGUUCUGUUCUUGAAAAUCAUCAUGUAAGUGCUGCUUAUAGACUCAUGCAAGAAGAGGAGAUGAACAUCCUGGCAAAUUUAACCAAAGAUGACUGGAGGGAGUUGCGUAGCUUGGUCAUUGAGAUGGUCUUAUCUACAGAUAUGUCGGGUCAUUUUCAACAAAUUAAAACAAUGCGACAUACUCUACAGCAGACAGAGGGGGUAGACAAAGCCAAAGCCAUGUCUUUGAUUCUACAUGCAGCAGACAUAAGCCAUCCAGCAAAAUCCUGGGAACUGCACUACCGGUGGACCAUGGCCCUGAUGGAAGAAUUUUUUCGACAGGGAGACAAGGAGGCUGCUUUAGGUCUUCAAUUUUCCCCACUCUGUGACCGCAAGUCUACUUUGGUAGCUCAGUCCCAAAUAGGUUUCAUUGAUUUCAUAGUAGAACCAACAUUUUCUCUUCUUACGGACUCAAUGGAGAAAAUUGUUAUGCCUCUUAUAGAGGAAGCAUCAAAAUCUGAAAGUCCUGCAUUUGGGACACCCGGCCAAAAUAGUUUGGGAGCAGUAAGCAAUGCUGAAGCACAAAGACGACCCAGUUUUAAAAGUACAAGUGAUGGAGGGACUCACACAGAAAAUUCCCUAGCAACUGUAGACCUAACGAGCUUUAAGGACAACUUGAUGAAGAUCAUUCAAGCAAACAAAGAAAGAUGGAAAGAAUUAGCAGUAGAAGAAGAACUUGUGAAAAAUGUUGGUGAACAGGAAAAAGACCAAAGCAGAAAUUCCACAGAUGCACAGUUACAGGAAGAGACAACAAGGAUACAAAAUGAGAGUAGUCAGGGAAGCGAAGGUACAACCUGUCCUCCCACAUCCAUCGUCCUACAAGUAGUCUCUUUCGACACUCCUCUGAGUGAUGAAUCCAACUCAGAAAAAUGCACUAACUCUGAUCCGAACCAGAAAGAUCUCACCGAUGCCCAGCAAGAAACACAGAGUACAGACCCACUGAAUGGUGAGCCUAAACACUGUAAGAAGUCAGAAGAUAUAGUAAAAGCCACUGAGCAGAAAGAAGCACUUAUACAGAACUAG